AUGGUUGGUCUACGACUUUUAGCUCGUCUUCAUGAGAUUUUAACCAUCGCUAAAAGUUCGGAUCCAAGUGUACCAUUUGGUGGUAUUAACAUAGUUUUAUUUGGCGAUUACAUGCAAUAUUCACCUGUGCUUGACAAAGCUUUAUUCAUAGACGUUUUCAUGGAAUCUAGUUCGUCUAUGGCUAAUUCAACAUCAGUAUCGAAAAGAUCAUUAAGUGAAUAUGAAAUCCAAUGUCAAGUUGGGCGGGCACUUAUUCUUCAAGUCAAUGUUGUUGUCAAGCUUACCAUACAGAUGCGAGUGGAUGAUACAGAGUAUUUGGGAGCACUUGAUAGAUUACGAUUUGGUGAAUGCAAUAUGAAUGAUUAUGAACUGUUUCGUUCACUGAUUAUCGGUCGACCUGGUGCGAUUCAAUCAUUAUCGGACAUUCCAUGGAAUGAUGCUCCAAUCUUAGUUUAUCGAAAUGAAAUUCGUACAGAACUUAACAACCGUGCCGUCAUAAACAAAUGCAAGGAACUCAAUCAUCCUUUGAUAGUAUGUGUUGCUCAAGACAAAACAAAGUCCAAAAAAAUUGAUACAAAGAAUCUUCAUCGACUACAAAAUUUUCUUCUUGAUCUACCAGACAACAAAACUGAAUCGCUUCCUGGCUAUUUACCAUUGGUUCCAGGAAUGCCUGUUCUAUUAACAGAUAAUGUUGCAACUGAACUUGGACUUUCAAAUGGGACAAAAGGAAUAUUUCGUCAAAUCGUCUAUGAAGAAUUGGAUACUUCUCUUACUUAUACCAAUACAAAAUUUCCUAAAAAUACAAUUUUUAUUCGAAAACCCUCCUAUGCUCUUUUGGAGGUGCCAAAAGCGAAAAUCAGCACAAAAUUCGAUUCUCUUGAACCGCAACUGGUUUCCAUAUCUGCCGUCGAAAAAACCUUCGAAGUUAAUGUUCAAUCUCUAUUACCAAUUUCUACGUCUACUUCGGCGAAGUCUAAUGGCAACCGUGCGCAUUCACCAGCUUCAAAGAUCACCGUGACAAGAAAGGCUUUACCUUUUAUUCCGGCCUAUUCAAUCACCACACACAAAGCACAAGGUCAAACAAUGUCAAAAGUGGUUGUUGAUUUGAGACUUCCACCUGGUAAAGAAGAAGUCGCUUCUCGUUAUGUACCAUUGGGACGUGUCAAGUCUCGCAAAGACAUUGCUAUUUUACAAGACUUUCCUUUUUCAGCAUUACAAGUAAAACCAAGCAAAGCUCAACGAGUCGAACUUGAUCGACUUAACAGACUAAACGAAGUAACUUUAGAAAGAUAUCAGACAUGGAAACAAUAA